AUGCCUUCCAUCAGCAACAUCGUCGCCGCCAUGGCCUUCACUGCCGGUAUGGCCUCUGCCAUCCCCCAGUACCAGAACGUCAGCAUGUCUGCCGCUCCCUCGGCCUCUGCCUCUGCCAGCAAGAACUCCUCUUCUUCUGCCAGCGCUUCCAAGACCUCCUCUGCUGGCGGCAUGGCCACUCUCCCCGCUCUUGCUGAGUCCGCCUUCUGCCCUGGCCUUAACGGUGCCCUUGUUGGCGACUUCUUGAUCGAGUGCGGUACCACUCACUUCGGUACCAUCCUCUCCGUUGGCAACGGCACCGUCGCUGUCGCCAAGCGUGCUGUCUACACCUCCCUCGGUGACUGUAUCAACCUCUGUGAGGAGACCACCUCCUGUGUUGGUACUGCCUUCAACACUGCCGCCAGAACCUGCACCCUCUACUCUGAGGUCGGCCAGGCUGUCGCUGCUGACAACACUGACUUCGCCGUCUUGACCAACCCCAACGGAAACCCCGUCCAGGCCGGUGGUGUUGCAACUUCAACCAUCUUCUCGACCAACGUUGUUACCAUCUCCAGCUGUGCUCCUACUGUCACCAACUGCCCUCUCAGAAAUGGCCAGAACGGCGGUGUUGUUACUCAGAUCAUUCCCGUCUCUUCGACUGAGUACAUCUGCCCCACUGCCACUGUUAUCCCUGCAUCUGCUGUCGCUUGUGGCUGUGCUGCUGUUCCCGUCACUGUUACCCAGUACGCUCCUUCUGCCGGCUCUAUGGUCCCCGUCCAGACUGUCGUUGUCAACAGCCCUGUCCCUACUCCCACUGCUGCCAUGAACAACGGAAGCGGUGCCAACGCUGGCAACAACAUGGGUGCUGUCACCUCCACUGUCACUGUUUGCAACAGCGGAAAGUGCUCAGCUGUGGCAACCACUAUGGCUGUUGCCUCCGCCACCUCUUCCCAGAUGGCCGUCUACACUGGCGCUGCCGACUCCGUCAAGGCCGGUCUCGCCCUUGUCCUUGCCGGUGCUGCCCUUGUCAUCUAA